AUGCGCUUGACUCCAGGAGCCUUGCCGGCGCUGCUGCUCGCCCUCUCAACCUCUGUCGCUGCAGCAUUUGUCCCGUUCCCGGUCUUCAAGAAUGCCAAUCUGGUACACGUGCUGUCGCUCGAGAAAAGCUUUGUCAAGGAGACGAUCAAUGUCGUGAUUGAGAACAUUGACAGCAAACCGCAAGAUGAAUACUACCUGCCCUUCCCAACCGCAAAGGCAGCCCACAUUGGCGGCUUCGAGGUGAAGGACCGGAAGGAAGGGAGUGCUGGUGCCUUUGUCGCGGAAGCUGUGGAGGUCGACGCAGAGAGUGACGUCCAGUACUACCGCAUCAACCUUCCGAAGCCGCUGGCGGCAGGCGCACAGCAGACUCUCGGCAUCACCUACUACGUUAUCGGCGACUUCCGGCCGCUGCCCGCCCUGAUUGCCCAGGACGACAAGCAGUACCUGGUCUACAGCUUCUCUGCCUACGUCCCGUCAGCCUACACCACGUCGAAACAGAAGACCGAGGUCAAGUUCGCGUCCACCGAUGUGCCCGACUACACCAAGCUUGCGGCUAUCGACGGCAAGGACCAGCCGCAGAAGCAGGGCUCCAAGCUGACGUACGGCCCCUUUGACGAGCAGCCGGCCGGCGCUGUGCUGCCCGUGGAGGUGCGCUUUGAGUUCACCAAGCCCGUCAACCACGUGGCCCGGCUGGAGCGCGAUAUUGAGGUCAGCCACUGGGGAGGCAAUGUGGCGUUUGAAGAGCGCUACACGCUGCUGAACCGCGGCGCCAACCUGUCGACUCUGUUCAACCGCGUCAAGUGGGCGCAGUCGCAGUUUUACAACCCAGCGACGUCGGCACUCAAGGAGUUGAAGUUCCCGCUGCGUCUAGGCAGCGCAGAUGCGUAUUACACAGAUGUGAUCGGCAAUGUGUCCACGUCCCGGUUCCGGUCCAACAAGCGGGAGGCAGUCCUGGAGAUCAAGCCACGCUACCCCGUCUUCGGAGGAUGGAAGUUUCCCUUUACCAUCGGCUGGAACGCUGAUGCGAAGACGUUCUUGCGCCGCCUCGCUGGUGAUAGCUAUGUCCUCAGGGUGCCCUUCCUGGAGGGUCCCAAGCAGGUCGAAGGAGUUGGAUAUGAGCAGGUGCGGCUUCGGAUUAUACUACCUGAGGGAGCCGAGAACGUCAAGUACUAUACCUCCAUCCCGACCACUUCGAUCGACAAGUCGGAAGUGACGCUGCACAGGACCUUUUUGGACACCCUGGGCCGGACGGCACUGGUCAUUGAGGCGCACAAUCUGGUGGAUGACCUUCGGGACCGGGAGGUCGUCGUCUCGUACGAAUACACGCUGUUGUCCAGCCUGCGCAAGCCGGUCAUCAUAUUUUCCAGCGCACUCGCCGUGUUUGCGACAGCCUGGCUGAUUGGAACUGUGGAUCUGAAGUUUGCCAGGAAAUAG